GCGCUUAAAUCAUUCGUCACGUUGACCUAGUACCACCAUGUCCCUUCUAGCGUUACCCACAGAACUGCUAGAGAAGAUUGUUAUUACGACUGAUCCUUGUACCAGCAGUCGUCAAGCAAUCCGACUGACAUGCAGAACUCUCUGCGACGUUGCCACGCCUUUUGUUUUCGAACAUUUCUAUAUAGAUUUCGCGAAGAUUGAAACACAUAAAUCUCAUACAAUCCGCUUCCUCAAAGAGCUUUCACAGGGUCGACGAUUGGCCAGAUUCAUCCGAUCUCUGUAUUUCCUUACAUCCAGCGGCACCUACAAGCCUAAAUUCAGCGGUAUUUGGGGUGCAAAAACAUUUUCCCAGAGAGUGGGGAGACUUAUUUUGGCAGCCGUGCUGCAGAUGCAAGGUUUGCAAGAAUUCCACGUAUGGAAUCGACGACGACAUUCCUUGCGCACCAUUCCAUGGUUUGACCCGCCUGUUGAUUAGCGGACAUGGUUCUUUGGAUUAUGUUCCUGCCAUCAUCGCAAACAGUCCAAAUCUAUCCACACUCGGUGUUGUUACCGAUCGCCGUGACUCUCCUUCUCCACCACACUUUCCUGUGCUCUCUCUCUUCAGUGCAUUCGCUGAGGGAACACAUAGCUCUGUGCAG